AUGGUGCAGAAAGGACAGAACUGUCGUCUCUUCAUCAGCUUCUUGUUGUUCAUCUUGCUGACGCUCGCUCACAGUCAGCAGAACGAGAGGCGUGCGGUUACAGAGCAUCAGUUGAUGCAUGAUCGUGGUCGCUCCAUUCAGAGCCUGAAGCGACUGAUUUGGCUCUCUAGCGCCAUCGAGAGGCUGCACACAGCAGAGACACGCUCUUUAUCCUCCUCUCUCUCCUCCUUCAGUCAUAAUGAUGAUAAUGAUGAUGAUAAUGAUGAAGAUUCCUCCAAGUAUCACACUGUAAUGGAUAGCAGUGUCCACCAGGGGGCGCUGGAGCUGCUGCUGAGUGACAUGUACAGAUCACAGCCUCCAUCAGGGAGAAAGCAGCCGAGAAUCCUGCACUGA